AUGGCAAAAGCAGCCCGAUCAUCUGCUCUCGACAAGGAGGUUGAGGCAUGCCUUCAGCGUGCCACAUCUCUUCUAGACAAGGCCAAGGGCAGACGGGGUGCUUUGCCAACGAACCCGGACUUCCUCACCUUGGAAGGGUAUCAAUGCUUGGCACGGCACAUCCUGGCUCAACGACCGGAGAUUGGAAAUUACUUGGUGCGAGCAGAAAACCUUUUUGAUGCUGCUUUGAAGCUCAAAAGGUCGUCUCCUCGUGCUCUCAUGGGAAAGGCUUGUGUCAGGGCCAGCCGACGUGACUGGAAGCAGGCUCUGGAAUGUUUCAGAAAAGUGCUGCGGCGAGCAGCUCCACAUGCCCCACAAGAAGGAGAACAGUUGAAUGCAAUCAAAGAGGUACGCUUUGCGCUUGCGACUUGUUUUGCUGGUCUGGGACGACACCAGCAGGCGAAGAACGCUCUUCAGGGCGUAGUGGCUGCCGACGCAAAGGACGUCGAAGCCUUGUGUGCCCUGGCCUACUUGGAGUCCAGGACGGGCCAGGGCAACGAAGCAAAGCAACGUGCUGCUGAGAAAAUGGCACAGGCCAUGACUGCCGAUCCGACUCACCCCGCAGUCUUAUGUCGAGCUGCUGACCAUUCGUUUAGUUGUGGUCUGCAGGAAGCACGUGCCGGCAAGGCUCUCCCUGAUGCUUGGAAGCUGGCAAAGAAACUGCUCCAAAGGGCUUCGGACAAUAGCGACGUGCCACAGGUCGUCGCUGAAGUCCAAUAUCAACUUGGAAGAAUGGAACAUGCCCAAGGCCGCUUUAGCGAGGCUAGAGAAUUGUACAAGCAAUGCGUCCGGAUUAAUCCCGAUCAUCUUGCAGGGGUGUAUGUCUUUGCGCAGUGCCUGGUGCACGAGCGAUAUUUUUCACAAGCCGUGACGGUCCUCGAGAAGGCACCGCCACAGCUUCGCAAAGAGCCAGAGGUCAAAAAGUUGUUGACGGCCGCUUACCUGGCAACAGGAGAGCACGACAAGCAGGCCGCAACAGUGUCUGACUCCUUGGUCACGAUGUGUCCAGAAGAUGUCGAGGCUUGGGCUAUGCGAGCAGAGGCUUAUUCCCGGCUCGAGAAGAUCGUUAAGCCAAAGGUAGCGAUUGACUCGUACGAACGAAUGGCAGAGCUGAUGCAGGCAAGCCCCGAGGCCCGUGCAAAAGUGACUCCGCAAAUGUGGAACAACCUUGGCACGAUGAGGGCUAUGCAUGGGGAUCCAGCCGAUGCCAAAGAGGCAUAUGAUAGCGGCAUGGAGCGCGUCGAGUCCCUGCAACAGCUUGGAGAGACUCAGGCUGGCCAGUCCGAGAAGGACCUGCGUGUGGCCGAGCUCACUAUGCGUUUCAACAAGGCCUGGCUGGCACAAAGCCAGCCGCAAGAAGGCGAGAUGCAGGAGGCGGUUCGAUUGUAUUUGGCGCUGACGGAAGAGGUGAAAUGGUUUGCCGAUGCUUUCCUGCAGCUUGGAGGGCUAUGGCAGCGUGUGGGCAAGAAAGAAGAGGCUUUGAGAAAUUUUCAGCAGGCGAUCAAGUACAGCCCCUUUCUGGGCAAGCUUCUCUGUUCUGAGGCACUCCGUGCAUCAGGCAAAUACGAAGAAGCACUCAAGUGGGGUGAGAAGGCGGCAAGGGGGGCGCAAGCCAACGAGUUUCAGUAUGCCCACGUCUUUGUCGGCAAUCUUUGCUACGAGGCUUCAACUCAUCACAAGACACCACCACAGAUGAGCGAUUCCUACUUGAGGAAGGCGAUGGAAUAUUACACCAAAGCGCUGGCUGCCAAUAAGGACUGCCAGUUUGCAGCCAACGGAAUUGGCAUGGUUUUCGCAAAGCGUGGAAAGAUGGACAUUGCCAAGCAGUUCCUCGAGAGCGUGAUGAACCACCAGGCCAUGGCAGAAAGUCCUUCGGUGUACAUAAAUCUGGGCCAUGUCUUGCUGGAAUUCGGAAAGCCUGCUGACAUCAGGAGAGCACUCGAGUGUUACAAUGAAGCCAAGCAACUGGAUCCCGAAGACAAGUCCGUGCGGAGUUACAUUGCCCAAGCUCACUUCAUGUUGGAGGAGUUCGAGCUCGCAUCGUGCGCUCUUGCCGAAGCCGUUUUCUAUCGGCAAGGCGACAUGCAGCUACGCUUUAACCAGGCGACUUGCUGGGAAGCCUGGGCCAGGCACGUCCUCUUGAAGAAAAUCCACGAAAGAGUCAUGACAUAUGACGCCAUGAUCGAGGAGGUCAAGUCAUCAAUUGCAACCUUGGUGAGUGCCGUCCGCGUGUGGAAAUCUCUCCAGUCAGAGUGGGAAAGAAAGUCUGACUCCGAACGCCGCACGAUUGCAAGCACCACAGGUGCACCUAAAAAAUUUCUCAAGGAGAUGGCUGACAUCACAAGUCACGUGGACUACUGUCAGCACCUGCAGAACGUUGCACACACGAAGCUGGCGGACGUCUCCACCAAGAACGACACAAUGCAAUUGCAGAUAGAAGCGAUUGCGAAGCAAAAGGCAAAGUCAGCGAAGGAGGCUGAGGAAAAGAACAAGGGCAAACAAAUUCGAGACAAAGAGAAGCACUUGGAAAAUGAGGACAAAGCUCAACGCCUCAUGGACACAACGAAGACCAUCGAGCUGGGAAGAAAUAUGGAGCUUCAGAAGGACUCCAAAGCGCAACGACCAAGCAAGAAGAAGCGCACGGAAGAGGAGAGCGUGCCCGCAUUGCAGCUUCCGGAGCAGGCAAUUGCCGACAAGGACGUGGUGGAGGGUGGCGAAGAUGUCGCUGACAUGGCAGCUCUCUUCGAAGAUGACGAGGUGAUAGAGUUUCACGACAAGUUUGAGGAAGGCAAUCAGCAGGACUUCUUCGGUUCUGAAGCCAAACUGAAGAAGGACAAGAAGGACAAAAAAGCCAAGAAAGAAAAGAAGGAGAAGCAUCACAAAGACAAGAAGGAGAAGAGCAAAGACAGGAAGGAACACAAGAAGGAGAAGAAGGACAAAAAGCGAAAGCGUGAGGCUGAGCUUGACGAUGACAUGUUUGAUUGA